AUGGACUACACAGUCCCUACCAGCAGCAUGACCACAAAGGAUUUGAACGAGAAGAUGCUCGAGUCUUACCAGCUCCGUCAUGACGGUUGCGUGGCCACAUGCCGGGUCAUCGAGUACGAGAACGAGAUGCGCCUUGCCAAAGCCGAAGCCACCAUUAGCUCAGCCCUCAAAGAGCUCGCUGUGGCAAAGAACUUGGCUAAAGGCGCGCAAGCUAAGUCCAAGGCGAUCGACACCGGGGCACUAGUCUUCGAUCCUAGCAUAUCCGAAGGUCAACGAUUACUCGAUGACCAACACCUGCAACAGCGCAAGGCUGAGAAAGCUGUGCUGGAGCCCAACGCACUGAUGUCGGCGCGAGAGACGGCUGAGACUAGGGUCCAAGAUGCUCGCGAUCGACUAGUCGAAGUCAAGGCUGAAGCUCUGCGCAAAGAGACGGAUGCGAAAUCGGUCGCGAAGUAUGUGCGAGACAAAGUCGGUGAUUACAUGGAAAAGUUGCUGGACCUUGAAUCACGAGUCGACAUUCCGAUGUCGACAGCUACUGGCAUCACAUCUGUUACUAAAGACCGACCCAUCGACCAACGCCGCGGCAAAGCUGAAGCUGACCUCCGCUCCGCUCAGCUUGCUUAUGAAUAUCACAUCGAGUCAAACCCCACAGCAGCAGCAGAAUCGAAGGCAGAAGCGGAAGCCGCCUACAAGACGUUCAAGGAAGCUGUGCAGGCGGUGCGAGAAGCAGAAGAUCAGUCUAAACUGACUUCGGCGGCCCACAACUCAUCUGGGCGGGUUUAUGUUUCAUGUCUUGCGGCCUGUGACCAAACCUACAAGGCUCGGUGCGAGAUGAUUGAGGCCCUUCGGCGCCACAAAUCUGCGGCUGCGAAAGCUCGGGAGUGCCACAAUCGGCCGAUUAUAUUGCGUUGUCUGGUUCGAUCGGCUGAGGCGAAGCUUCUAUUCUCGAGAUAUUAG